UUGUCUUGCUGUACAGUGUGUCAUGUUGGCUGUGGAGCGGCAGCGCGAAUAAUUGGUGUCACACCAACCGGUUUAUUGUGCGCAAAAAAUUUUUUAGAUAAUUUUCUGUUUUUGUAGUUAUUGUUAUUUUUUUUCCCCUUUGCAGACAAACAAGGACGAUCUUUGUUUUCAAAGCAGGUGCAGUCGCUGUCAGGACGACUACUGUUUGGUUGAUGUCAUCCGCGGCGGAGCUGCAGCGACCUUCAAUUCUUCAACAAGACCAGGAUAAACAAAGAAGGAUUUAGUGCUUUUUGUUUUUGUUUUCUAUUUUUUUUUUGGUGGGGGGGGGGUCGCCUUUCGCUUUUGCCAGUUUCAUCAGCUGGCAGGAUGGGACUCCUGCUGCAUUGUCUCCUGCUGCUCGCCGUCUGCGCUCUCCCAGUCGGUGGCUUGGAUUUCCAGCCGGGAUCCAAAGCUCUCGGACAGCCGGUGUUCGUGAGGCGCUCCGUGGGGGAGAGAGCCGCGCAAAUCGCGAAGAGGUCCCUGCCGUCGUGGCUGGGCGCAUCGCACCACCACAGGAUAAAGCGAAGGAGCGUCGACCAGGGCGAUUCGUGCAAAAAGCACGAAGGGUAUCAGAGCAAGUUAAAAGACAACACCCACAGUUACACACUGAACGACCUGAGUGGCUCCGUGUCACUGGCCUGGGUUGGAGAUGGCACAGGGGUCAUACUGGCUCUGACCACAUUUCAGGUGCCUUUCUUCUUGUUAAGAUUCGGCCAGUCCAAACUCUACCGUAGCGAGAACUACGGGAAGUCGUUUGAGGACGUGACCAACUUGAUCAACGACACCUUCAUUUCAGCAGAGUUUGGCAUAGCAAUCGGCCCUGAGAAUUCAGGCAAAGUGAUCCUUACAGCUGAAAUCUCUGGAGGAGAUGGGUAUCGGAUUUUUGUCUCCAGUGACUUUGGGAAGACUUUUACUCCCCUGAACUUGCCUUUCAGUCCCAUGAUGCAGAUCUCAUACAACCCUGAGAACUCCGAUGUGCUGGCCAUCCUCAGCAUGAGUAAUGAACUUUGGCUUUCGGAAGAUUUUGGACGCAACUGGAAGAAGAUCCCCGACACGGUGUGCCUUUUUAAAUGGGGAAGAAAAAAUACUGUCUUCUUCACAAGCAGCCAAAAUGGAUCCUGCAUUGAAAGGGGAAUGCUGCAGCUAAGGAGAACCACAGACUUGGGUAAAACCAUCAAGACUGUUGCCAGCAAGAUCUUCUCUUUUGGCCUGGGUGGACGCUUCCUCUUUGCUUCAGUGAUGACGGGAAAGGGCACUAUGAGGGUGAUCCACGUGUCCGUGGACCAGGGUGAGAACUGGAACAUAGCUCAGCUCCCUCCGGUCGGCCACGAGCAGUUCUACUCCAUCCUGGCAGCAAAUGACGAUAUGGUCUUCAUGCACGUUGACGAGCCUGGAGACACUGGUUUUGGUACAAUUUAUGUCUCGGACGAUCGAGGCACGGUCUACUCCAAGUCACUGGAGCGCCACCUUUAUACGACGACAGGGGGUGACACCGACUUCACCAACGUCACUUCCCUGAGAGGAGUCUUCAUCACCAGUGUGCUGGCAGAAGAUAAGUCCGUGCAGUCUGUAGUGUCCUUUGAUCAGGGAGGAGAGUGGCUUCCUCUGCGGAAACCUGCCAACACCAAGUGUGACGCUACAGCCAAGGACCCAGACAAGUGCAGUCUCCACAUCCAUGCGGCUUACAGCAUUGCUAUGAAGCUGGAAGUCCCCAUGCCGCCCCUGACGGAGCCAAACGCCGUGGGUCUAAUCAUGGCUCACGGCAGCGUCGGGGACGCCAUCUCGGUGAUCAAGUCUGAUGUUUAUGUGUCCGAUGACGGAGGCUACACCUGGAUAAAGGCUCUUAAUGGGCCCCAUCACUACGCCAUGCUGGACUCAGGAGGGCUGCUGGUGGCUGUGGAGGACAAUGGCAAACCCAUCAACAAAAUCAAAUUUUCCACCGACGAGGGACAGUGCUGGAGUAUUUACGAAUUCACCAACGAGCCAAUCACAUUCACGGGGCUGGCGUCUGAGCCGGGAGCUCGCUCCAUGAACGUCAGCAUCUGGGGCUACAAAGAUUCCCUCAUCACCCAGAACUGGGUCUCCUUCACCAUCGACUUCAGGGAACUCCUCACCAGAGACUGCAUCGAUGACGACUACGUGCAAUGGUUGGCUCACUCUGAUGACAUCAGUGACCCGACGGACGGCUGCAUGCUGGGUUACAAAGAGACGUUCUUGCGGCUCAGAAAGGACUCCGUUUGCUGGAACGGACGUGAUUACACCGUGAACACACAGCCAAUUCCAUGUGCAUGCACCCUGGACGACUUCUUGUGUGACUUUGGAUACUCGCGUAAAGAGAACAGCUCUGAGUGUGUGGAGCAGCCGGACCUGCAGGGCAAAGUGCUGGAGUUCUGCCUGCAUGGCAAAGAGGAGCAACUACAGACCAACGGGUACAGGAAAAUCCCUGGAGAUAAAUGUGAAGGAGGACAGAUGCCUGAGCGCAAAGAGAUUGACCUCAGUAAGAGAUGCGUCAGUGAUCUCGUAUCUCCAGAGUUUCAGACAGACGGCCACUCCUCCAAGUCUGUGGCCAUAGUGUUGGCAGUUGUCGUUGUCAUGCUGAUGAGCAUCGCAGCAGGAGUGGUCUUUGUCAGGAAGUACGUCUGCGGCGGCAGGUUUUUGGUGCACAGGUACUCUGUGCUGCAGCAACACGUUGAGGACAACGCUGCAGACGGGAUAGACGAGCCGCUGGACACCAACCACACCCCCAACGGCAAAAUAGAGUUUCACGAUGACUCUGAUGAGGAUCUGCUUGAAUAGCAGGCGCCACCUCUUGACCAAGCGAGCAACAGGUUGUCCCGCAGCCAGCCGCUGUUCCUGUCACUCUCCUCUCCAGCUACUUCUUCCUUUCACCCUCUGAUGUAAACUUCGGCCUAGGUGACAGAGACUCUGCUGUCAUUGGCUAAGUCAAAUGAAUGUAUGAAGGCUUCCUGAGAGCUAAUGCCGCAGUUGGGGAAGAACCAUGAAGGAAGUCGUGUUUAAGGUGUCGGUUUACUGAGUAAGUUUUAACCUUUCAGUUAUUUAUUUCACUCAAUGAAGAAACGGCUGAGUUGCUGAGAAAAAUUGACUAGCGCUCUAGGAAUGAAGGAAAAGCGAGUUGUAUAAAGUCUCCUCUGUUUUACGGGCCCUGCCUCUUCCAUCUCCUGGAAGUGCUCCUGGAAAUCCUAUUUUCUUUUUUUUCACUUUUGAAAAUUUGUCUUUGUUUUCAUCACAACCUUGUACAUAAAUACGUUUUUCUUUAACGGUUUCGGUCAGAUAUCAGUUUGGUGAUUGACUAAAGGGCCACAACUGGCCUCUAGCUAAUAUGAAUUCUCACAGAUGAGUUGAGUCUUAAUCCCUUCUUUUGUCAAAGUAUUUCCCCAAAUUCUUUCCAUGUUAAUAGAAAUUUCACCCGUUGGUGAAAUCUUCCACAUUUCUCUGUGUUCUUGGAGUACAAGUAUGUAGAUCUUUGCAUUGCGGUGAAGUAAUAAGAAGAGAUGCACCGAUCAGUUUUCCUGGCCAAUACUGAUUCUUAUUUUCCAAUUUUGACUGAUCCCUAUCCCCCCACCCCCAGUUUAAUGACUACAUUACAUAAGUUAGUAGAUUUACUGUAGUUUUAUUUAAGAGGUGGAAAUAUUUAAUCCAACAAAAAAUAAAGAAAUUAUAUUAUCCACAUUUAAGCAUAUUUUACUUUUAUUUCUCAUUUUUAGUAAAGACAUUACAUUGAAUGCUCUUGACUGAUAUAUUCAUUGGCCGUAAAUUAUGGGAAUUUUUAGAUUUGACGCAUUUAAUAGGGAAAGUAGGAAAUCAUGUUUUUUCAGCAUCUGCUUUACGAAUCACCAAUCGGAGCGUCGGCCCGAUUCUGGUCCCUUGCCGAUUGAUCGGUGCAUCUCUCAUAAUAAGGCAUCUCUAUGAGGUUUGAUAGCAAUAACCUGUGAAGAUUUUGUAUAUUUAAGACAUCGUCCAUGCAUGACAGAACAUCUCUUAGAGCUGUUAGUUGUCUUGUUCGUCCGAGCAAAAGAAGCAUCAACGUCCAGGAUGUGAUUGAAGCUCAGACUGCAGUUCUAACUACUGAAAGCACAAAAAGCCCCCUUGUAUGUUCGGCAUUUGUCGAUCAUUUUUUUCCUAAACGAGACCUGUUGUAACGGUAGUGAUCGCUGUAAUCCUAUAUACCUGUGUUUGUAAUAAUCUGAGCAGUUUUUAUACUAACUUCUACAAAAUACGACAUAUCUUUUGCAUUAACUAGAAAACCAAAUGCAUAAAAAACUAAUUGGUGAUGAAAACAUAACAGCAAUGCAAAGAAGGUAAUUAAUAGUGUAAAUGUUGUAAAGCAUAAUUACUGCUGUAGCCUGGUAGGGGUUGGAUGAGCUGCAAUACAAAUGUUAAUGUUUGUUUCUGGUUGUGUCUUUUACACUGUUUUAUCUGUAACCGUGUCAACCACGUUUCUGAUUUGUCUUAAAAACAUUUUCGCACAGUCUUGUUUUAAAUACUUUAUAGGUUUACAUUAUUUAUGACCAGCUGGUGUAGAGUGCAGUAAAUUGGAUGUGGUUAAACAAGUGCCUGGUGUGAUAAUCUGACAUGUGGCCGGCGUCCACCAUCUUAUUAGUUUUAACGGUUAAUGUCGGUGACGAAUCCAAGCUGCAUUUAUUACCCCGACAAAGACUCCGGGAGCAGUAAAUAUAUCUAUUUUAUACAGGUUAGUGCUAAACUGCAUGUAAAAAAUGUGAAUGAUACUUAAAUCUAAAAAGGUUUUUAAGCAAAAAACUAUUUUUGGGGGCCGAUAUUAAAAUUGGUUCUGGCUGAGACGGUUUGACAAGAAAUUAAGUUCAAAAGAGAAAAGGGUUACUAUGUAGCUGCAUUACACUGGAAAAUGAGACCUAUUUAAUGAAGCUUUACUGCAUUGUCUUGAAGAAAACACGUUUUCCUGGCAUUUUCGAACUGAUGUAUCGAUUUUAAAGAGUCUUUCUGAUUGGUUGUGUAAAUAUUCAAGUUUGAACAUUUGUAACUGCUGUGUCUCUUUUCUGUAUAUUGGAGGCUAUUUUCUUUGGGUUUGGCAAUAAAGUCAUGUUCCUCUUU